AUGGCCUUUCUAGGCGUCUACACCGCGGUCUAUGACUACCAGCCGCAAGCAGAAGGGGAGCUCGAGAUCCAUGAAGGUGAUCUAUUGUACGUUCUAGAUAAGAACGCGGAGGACGACUGGUGGAGGGCGAAGAAGAAGGCCGAACGUGAGGACGAGGACGAGCCCGAAGGCCUGGUGCCGAACAAUUAUGUCGAGGAGGCUAAACCCACCCACAAAGCUAGAGCGCUUUACGACUACACGCGACAGACGGAUGAGGAGGUCUCCUUUUCGGAAGAUGCGGAGCUUGUAGUCUACGACACCUCGGAUCCGGACUGGACACUGGUCGGGAUUAAUGGUGAAUAUGGAUUCGCACCGUCGAAUUAUAUCGAGAUUAUAGAAGAUUCGACGACCCAAGCUGCUCCGGCUGUUCCUGCAGCCCCCGCAUCGCCCGCAGUCCCCUCACUACCUCAGCGUCCAGAGGUUGAGCCGGAGGAGUCUGUUCCAACACCACCUUCGCCAGCUAAGGCAGCGCAGGGUCCUGCUGCCGCCAUUGCAGGUAUUCUCCAUAGACAGCAUGGCUCUGUGAGCUCAGCGGAGACUCCUCGAGAGGUACCCGCGCCUCCGCAGCCUCCGCGUCCGGUAUAUGUCCCUGAAGAGCCCGUGGAAGAAGCUGUGCCCUCCCCACCUCUUCCGCAGCGACCAACCUCCCAACGCACAUCUCCGCCAGCGCAGCCAUAUUCGCCUUCUGAACCCUCUCCUCCCGCUCGCACUCACUCCUCCGUUGUGCGACAGCGCGAGCACAAUGGUGGUAUUCAGGAAUCACCUCCUUACAACCGUGUCGGAGAGGCUACACCACGCUCACCUUCCGGAUAUCAUAUCUAUAAUGUCAACGAGAUGGUCGAAGCGAUGGGUAAACGCAAGAAGAUGCCUACGACUUUGGGUAUCAACAUUGCCACGGGAACAAUCUUCAUAUCGCCCGACCACGACGAUGGACCUCACCAAGAAUGGACAGCUGACAAGCUCAGCCACUACUCCAUCGAGGGGAAGCACGUCUUUAUGGAUCUGGUUCGGCCUAGUAGAAGUAUCGAUUUCCACGCGGGGGCCAAGGAUACUGCCCGAGAAAUCGUUUCCGCCCUAGGUGAGAUCGCCGGAGCUUACAGAGCCGAAGGACUGAAGGAGGUGAUUGCAGCUGGAAGAGGCGGUCCGGCUCAGAAGAAAGGGCAGGUUUUGUACGAUUUCAUGGCCCAGGGAGAUGAUGAGGUUACGGUGGCAACCGGUGAUGAAGUAGUUAUUUUGGAUGACACCAAGUCGGAUGAGUGGUGGAUGGUGCGACGUAUAAAGAACGGCAGGGAAGGUGUCGUGCCGAGCAGUUAUAUCGAGAUCACUGGAUUCCUUUCCGUCCCAACAACCGGAGUCAAUGCUGGCCUAUCGACUGUCGAACAGAACAGACUGGAGGAAUCUCGGAUGACCAAGGAAGCUGCGCAGAAAUCAAGACAUGAUUCCAAUGAUUCUCGGAUGUCAGAGGUAGGCCCAGGAAUCAAAGUGCCCCAAAGGCGCGGUAGUUUGCUGGCAUUGAGUAAUAACCAUCCUUCACAGCGAAAACGAGAAAGCAGAGUGGAUAAGGGUUCGAUCUCUAAGCCAAAGCCUGACCCCUCAAAGACGCGAUCGUGGACCGACCGAACGGGCUCAUUCACGGUUGAAGCGCAAUUCCUCGCACUCCAGGAUGGCAAGAUCCAUCUUCACAAGAUGAAUGGAGUCAAGAUUGCCGUACCAGUCGCCAAGAUGUCUGCCGAAGAUCUGGAAUAUGUCGAGAAGGUCACCGGUCAGUCACUGGAUGAAGACAAGCCAUUGUCUGAUAUCCGUCGUCGAACCACCGACAAGCCCAAGGAAACCAGCCGGGCUGGUGCUGCUGUCAAGGAGCAUGACUGGUUCGACUUCUUCUUGAAGGCAGGAGUCGGCCCUCACCAGUGUGAGAGAUAUUCUCAGAAUUUCAACAAGGAUUCCAUCGACGAAAGCGUUCUUCCGGAUAUCACGCCCGAAACUUUGCGCACUCUUGGGCUCAAAGAGGGUGAUAUUUUGCGAGUGAUGCGCUAUUUGGACAACUUGUACGGUCGCACCGGUGCGAAAUCGAAGUUGCGCAAUGUCAGUUUCGGUGGAGAGGAGGUUAUCGACGGCGAAGGUGGACUAUUCUCAGGCCCCGGAGGUGCACUGCGGAAUAAUACACGCAAGGGCCGACCAGCACCUCCGGUACAGACUAGCGACGUUGUCGAUCCAAAGGCCUUCGAACAGAAGGACGCUUCAACGACCGCAGAGUCCCAGCAGGCCACCCCUGCCAGUGACGAGCCUGUUAAGAAGGGCUUUGACGAUGAUGCAUGGGAAGUGAAGCCGCCGAAACAGCCAGCUGCCCCUACUUCCGCCGCUGCUGCUUCUAAACCUGCUCCGGCCUCUCCAGCUACAACGCAAGCACCGCAGCAGCAGCCUUCUUUGACUGGUGCUAUGGCCGAUUUAACCCUCUUGCAGGCUCCUCUGCAGCCUACCCCUGCUCAGCCCGUGCAGAAUACCCAGCCAACUAUAACUCAGCCACCGCUUCAGCCUCAACCCACUGCUGUGCAGCAGCCGGCACCUGUCCAGCCCCAGCCGACUGGUGCUAACCCGAGCUUUUUCGCUCAAUUGGCACCUCAAGCUACAGGGCUGGCUUCUCAAGCUACAGGGUUCCAGCCAGCAAGGCAGCGUCCGCAGCCUCCGCAGAAUGUUGGUCAGAGUUCACUUAUCCCGCCUCCUCCGCAGCGCCCUCUAUCUGCUCCUCAAAAUUUCCAGGCCCAGAGUUCGUUUGGACUGCCGCCGCCACUGCAGCCUCAACUGACCGGCAUUCCCCAUAAUGCUCCCCAUAUUGCACCGGCUGGUCAGAGCUUGAACGAACUCAGCCAGCAGCGUUUCCAGCAACCAUUGCAAGCCCAGCCUACUGGGUUUGCUCUUCAGGGUCAAUUCCAGAAUGGCCUAAUGCCGCAGCCAACAGGGUUCCAGCCCCAGUCUCAAUUUGGAAUCCAGCAGCAGCAGCAGCCGCAGUUCAUGAACAUGCAGCCGACAGCUAGCCCAUUUGCGGAUCCCGUUCCCCGUCCUCCUUUCCAGAGCCUUGCGCCGCAGCCUACCGGCUUUGGUGGAUUCCCGCAGCAACAGCAGCCUAUGCCAACGGGUGGUAUCAACUCGGUCCUGCCUCCACCGUUGCAGCCGCAGCCUACAGGUCUGAAUGGAUUCGGUAACACGACGUUUACUCCGCCUCCGAUUCCACCGAUUCCGCAGCAGCCAACGGCAGCACCUUUGCAGCCCCAGAAGACGGGUCCUCCGCCUCCUGUCAGGUUUGGAGUCAAGCCCGAAGCGAAGAGGCUUGCCCCGCAGCCUACGGGUCUGAGGGCAAAUCUCGCCCAAGCCAGUAAGUUCCCUGUCUGCUAUCAAUCUUGA